AUGGCUAAACCAGGGUGUGAGAGCAUUCAAGAAACUCAGAGUGCAUCAUGCACCAGGAACGUGAUUGAAUAUGUGAACUGCUACGAGACGCGGAACCACCUGUGGGUGAUUUUUGAAUACUGCGCUGGUGGUGAUCUUUUGCGUCUAUUGAAACAAGAUGGUCGACUUCCAGAAGAGCGAGUGGCUCGUCGUGAGCAUUGGGUUGCGGUUUGUCUCUGUGUUUUUUGCGAGGGUGUGGUGGGUGGCAUCAUUUUCUGUGACCUGAAGCCUGGAAACAUUCUCUUCAACGAAGAUGAGGUCUUGAAGCUUGGUCAUUUUGCUCAAGCCUUGCGCGUGGAAGAGGCCUUCCCAAACAGGACUGGCCAGCCCUUGCGCCGGGGCGCGCCUCAGUACAUGGCCCCAGAGCUUUUCUCGGAGGCGGGCGUCCAUUCGUUUGUCUCCGACCUGUGGUCCUUGGGUUGUGUUCUUCACGAGCUCUUCUCUGGCGCGCAGCCUUUCAUAUCGCCAUCCUCACAGCAGCUACAGCGCUUGGUGGUGGACACAGCCCCUCCGAAGAUGCCAGGUGCAACACCGGAGUUUCAGGAGCACAUAAGGGAUUAG